AUGUCUAUGUCCAGUUACCCAAAUUUUAAAGUCCUGUCCUGGAAUGUGUGUGGUGCAGGAAGCAAAGAUUUCCAACGGGCUAUGAGGCUCCUGAUUAAAGUUUAUUCCCCUGACUUCCUCUUGAUCAUCGAGCCCCAGAUCAGUGGAGAUAGAGCCACUACUGUUUGCAGCAGCUUGGGUUAUGGGGAUGUUCUUCGGGUGGAUGCUGAUGGUCGCAGUGGAGGCAUUUGGUUGGCUUGGCGUUCUAACGAUUUCCAAAUCCAGCUAAUUGAUGCUAGUCAACAACAUAUUUCUGUCAAGGUCUCCAACAACUCCCAGAGAGAUUGGAUCCUUACAGGGGUCUAUGGAAGCCCCAAGUACAGAUUCCAUCAACUUCUGUGGAGUCACCUUAUUCAAUUUGGCCGAGAUUUGGAGAUUCCUUGGCUAGUGACAGGAGAUUUUAAUGCCUAUGGAUCCUUGUCUGAGAAGGCUGGACCUCCCUCAAGCGCUUCUAUCCGACGUUGCCAGCAAUUCUCAAAUUGGAUAAAUGAUGCUAAUCUUCUUGAUUUGGGUUUUUCAGGGCCACAAUUUACUUGGUAUAGGGGUGACUCCAACAACACGUUCAAAGCCAGCCGCAUUGACCGUAGUCUUUGCAAUUCAGCGUGGAACACCACCUUUGCCAACACUUCGAUCCGGCAACUCCCAAAGCUCCAUUCUGAUCACCUUCCCAUCCUGACGACUUAUUAUGCCCCUCAAUCAGUUAAUUGUGGAGUCAAACCGUUUCGGUUUGAGGCUGCUUGGCUUCUGCAUAACAAUUUCUCUGAGUUCUUUGCAGAAAACUGGAAUAUUGAUGGUGAUCUUGAUCAAGGGCUCAAAGACAUCUCCAACAAACUCCAAGAAUGGAACAGACUCACCUUUGGAAUUAUUGGGCACCGCAAGAAAAGGCUUCUCGCGAGAAUGCAAGGAGUGCAACUCCGAAUAGCCACUUCACCUUCACCUGGGCUGUUCAAGCUGCAAGCCAAGCUGGAAAAAGAAUUAGAUGAUCUUCUAGCUCAGGAAGAGGUCAUCUGGUUCCAACGAGCUAAGGAAUCUUGGGUGAAGCUGGGGGAACAGAACACUUCCUACUUCCACCAACAAGCCAAUCGGCGUAGAAGAAGGAACAAAAUUCUUAGUCUCCGGAAUCAGAAUGGAGAGUGGGUUGAAGAUCCGACGCUCCUUCGGAAUAUUAUUGUGGAUUUUUUUGCUCUUCUAUAUACGCAGGAUGAUCCAGUGUACAGUGAUUUGAUGCCAAAAAAUUGCUUUCCGCGGAUCAGCAGUGAAGAACUCCUCACCCUUUUGCGUCCCUUUCAGAUCAACGACUUUCACAGGGCUGUUUUUGACAUGAAACCUUUUGCGGCCCCUGGGCCGGAUGGUUUCCAGGCCAUCUUCUACCAAAAAUUAUGGGCUUUAGUUGGAAAAAGUUUAAAUAACAUGGCUGUGAAGUUUUUUGAGACAGGUGAAAUUGAAGAGGAGGCGCUGGAGUCAACGGUAGUUCUGAUUCCUAAGACGGAGAGUCCAGAAAGCCCAGCUCAGUUUCGACCGAUCUGUCUCAACAAUGUUCGGCUCAAGAUCAUCACCAAAGCUAUCACCAAUCGCCUUAAGCCGCUGAUGAGGAUGAAGUUCUUCACUCGCUCAGGAAGAAGAAGGGUAGAAAGGGAGGCCUUGUGA